AACUCAAUUCUUUCUCUUUCUCCUCUCUCUUUUGAAGUGUAAUCAAUUAAUUUCUUUGUUAUUUAGCCAUGAUUACUGGUAAGGACAUUUACGAUGUUCUUGCGGCAAUUGUACCCCUAUAUGUUGCUAUGAUAUUAGCUUAUGGGUCAGUCCGUUGGUGGAAAAUCUUCACACCAGAUCAGUGUUCUGGCAUCAACCGUUUUGUUGCUGUGUUUGCCGUUCCAUUGCUCUCCUUUCACUUCAUUUCCUCAAAUGACCCUUAUGCCAUGAACUACCAUUUCAUCGCUGCUGAUAGUCUUCAAAAGGUUGUCAUUCUUGCGGCUCUUUUCCUGUGGCAAGCUUUUACAAAACAUGGCAACCUUGAGUGGAUGAUCACCCUCUUUUCUCUUUCUACACUUCCAAACACUCUUGUGAUGGGCAUCCCACUUUUGAAAGCUAUGUAUGGAGAUUUCUCUGGGAGUUUAAUGGUCCAAAUUGUGGUUUUGCAAAGUGUAAUUUGGUACACACUCAUGCUCUUUAUGUUCGAGUACAGAGGAGCAAAGCUACUUAUUACUGAGCAGUUCCCUGAGACUGCUGGCUCUAUCACUUCUUUCCGGGUUGAUUCUGAUGUUGUUUCUCUUAAUGGACGUGAACCAUUGCAGGCCGAUGCUGAGAUCGGUGAUGAUGGAAAACUCCACGUGGUGGUGAGAAGAUCCGGCGCAUCAUCAAUGGUUUCGUCAUUCAAUAAGUCUCAUGGAUUGAAUUCUUUAACAUCGAUGACUCCGCGAGCAUCAAAUCUUACUGGUGUUGAGAUCUAUUCAGUACAAUCUUCGCGAGAGCCAACACCAAGGGCUUCAAGUUUUAACCAAAACGAUUUUUAUGCAAUGUUUGCAAGUAAAGCCCCGAGUCCAAAGCAUGGAUACACAAAUAGCUUUCAAGGGGGUAUUGGUGAUGUUUAUUCGUUACAAUCGUCGAAAGGAGCCACACCCAGGACAUCGAAUUUCGAUGAGGAGAUGUUUAAGAUUGGGAAGAAAAGGGGAGGAAGAAGUAUGAGUGGUGAGUUGUUUAAUGGAGGUGUGGUUUCUUCAUACCCUCCUCCAAAUCCAAUGUUUUCGGGAGGUACAUCAAAGAAGAAGGAAAGUGGUGGAGGAAGUGGAGCUAUGCCUAAUAAAGAGCUUCACAUGUUUGUGUGGAGCUCAAGUGCAUCUCCAGUUUCCGAAGGAAAUCUUAGACAUGCUGUUAAUAGAACUGCAUCCACUGACUUGGGAGCCCUGGAUUCUUCUAAUAAAGCUGCUCUUCAAAAUGAAAGUGCUGCUUCUAAAGCUAUGCACCAGUUAAUUGAAAAUAUGAGUCCUGCAACAAAAGCCAAUGGAGAUAACAGGGAUGUUGAAAUAGAGGAUGGACAUGGAUCAAAGUUUCCGGCAAGUGGUUCUCCGUUCAGUAAUUGUCAGAAGAAGAUUGAAAUGGAAGAAGGAGAAGGAGCAAAGAAGCACCAGAUGCCUCCUGCAAGUGUAAUGACUAGACUCAUACUUAUUAUGGUUUGGAGGAAGCUCAUCAGAAAUCCCAAUACCUAUUCAAGUCUUUUAGGUCUCAUUUGGUCUCUUAUAUCAUUCAGGUGGCACAUCCAAAUGCCGACUAUUGUGUCAGGAUCCAUAUCGAUAUUAUCUGAUGCAGGUCUGGGAUUGGCCAUGUUCAGUCUAGGUUUGUUCAUGGCUUUACAACCAAAGAUCAUAGCUUGUGGAAAAUCUGUGGCAACAUUUGCAAUGGCUGUUAGAUUUUUGACAGGCCCCGCCGUGAUUGCUGCAACCUCUAUCGCUAUUGGUCUCCGAGGUGUUCUCCUUCAUAUUGCGAUUGUUCAGGCCGCACUUCCCCAAGGUAUUGUUCCCUUUGUAUUUGCCAAGGAAUACAAUGUCCAUCCAGACAUACUUAGCACUGCGGUUAUUUUUGGAAUGCUGAUCGCCUUGCCCAUAACAAUACUCUAUUAUGUGCUUCUUGGGGUUUAGCUUGUUCGAAAGCAAAAAAGAGAGAAAAUAUAGUAUUGUAAAUCCAAGUGAGGUUUUGGUGGUGGACAAUAAACCUACUAAA